UUUCCUGGAAGGAAAAGCCGAGGGGGCUUUCGUAGAUCAACAGACAAAGAGUACCUCCGUGUUCGCUUGCCUAUAAAAACCGCGUGGUCCUUGCUUCUGGUUAUUCUCUUCAAGGAGGAGAAGACAGUCGGAUCUCUGAAGUUUUUUCCCUCCCCUCGCUCUUCAUUCUCUGCCGGUUUGAGUUCUUCAACAGGGUUUCACGUAUGAGCUGGUUUGAUAAUCUCCGCGGACUGUCAGAUCCGAGCCAUUUCUUAGAUGGUCUCUUGAUCUUUAUUCUCUAUCACUGCCCUAUACGUUCCGAUUCUUAUUCUAUACCUUUGAAUUCGUAAGUCCUGGAUCUGGGAUCGGGGUGUAGAAAUUUAUUUUUUGGUGGCAAUGGAGUCGAAGAAUCUCUCAUCCUGCGAGGAUUUCUCAGUCGCCGGUUCCUUCUUCUCAGCCAUUGAGAAGCAGCCUUCGUCACCAUCAGUGAUUGUAAUUGGUGGAGGAAUUUCAGGAAUUGCAGCUGCUCGGGCAUUGACCAAUGCUUCAUUUAAGGUAACACUUUUGGAAUCACGUGACCGGAUUGGAGGUCGAGCAUACACAGACUAUUCUUUUGGCUGUCCUGUUGAUAUGGGGGCAUCAUGGCUUCACGGUGUUUGUAAUGAGAACUCCUUGGCUCCAUUUAUUAGGUUGUUAGGAUUGAAGCUAUAUCGCACUAGUGGUGAAAACUCUAUUCUGUAUGACCAUGACCUUGAGAGCUAUGCGCUUUUUGGUAAGGAUGGUCACCAGGUUCCUCAAGAGCUCGUCAUCAAAGUUGGAGAAGUAUUUGAGAGAAUUCUCAAAGAGACUGUGAAAAUUAGAGAUGAGCAUGUAGAUGACAUGUCUGUUUUGCAAGCAAUUUCUUUUGUUUUGGAUAAACAUCCAGAAUUAAGGCAAGAAGGUUUAGCCUAUGAAGUUUUACAAUGGUACAUAUGUAGAAUGGAAGCAUGGUUUGCUGCAGAUGUAGAUGCUAUAUCACUUAAUAACUGGGAUCAGGAGCACGUGCUUACUGGCGGUCAUGCUCUCAUGGUGCAAGGCUACAAUCCUCUCAUAGAAGCUCUUGCAGGAGACCUUAAUAUCCGUCUGAACCACAGGGUAACAAAAAUUGUUCAGCGCUGCAAUCGAGUUAUCGUCACCUUAGAGGGAGGAACCAACUUCGUCGCGGACGCCGCUAUAAUAACCGUUCCUCUCGGAGUCCUCAAAGCAAAUCUUAUCGAAUUCGAGCCUAAGCUGCCAGAUUGGAAACUCUCCGCCAUUUCUGAUAUCGGCGUCGGUAUCGAGAACAAAAUAGCUUUACGCUUCAGCACUGUUUUCUGGCCAAACGUUGAGGUAUUAGGCGUCGUUGCUCCAAGCUCCCAUGCUUGCGGUUACUUCCUAAAUUUACACAAGGCAACUGGAAAUUCUGUUCUGGUGUACAUGGCUGCUGGGAGCUUUGCUGUUGAACUGGAGAAGUUAUCAGAUGAGGAAGCGGUUAAGUUUGUAAUGUUGCAGCUCAAGAAUAUUCUUCCACACGCAACACCACCUGUACAAUGUUUGGUUUCGCGAUGGGGGUCGGAUAUGGAUUCUCUCUGUUCUUACUCGUGCGAUCUUGUUGGUAAACCGGCUGAUCUUUAUGAGAGGUUUAGAGCUCCGGUUGAUAAUCUCUAUUUUGCCGGCGAAGCGGCGAGCGUCGACCAUUCUGGAACUGUGCAUGGAGCGUAUUCUUCAGGAAUAUCAGCUGCUGAAGACUGCCAAAGGCGUCUUCAAACACAGUAUGGUAUUUCGGAUUUCUUUAAGAAUGUUUUUUGGGAGGAUUUGUUUGAAAUCAUGGUUCCUCUUCAGAUUUCUAGAAUGUGAUGAAUUUUUUGCUGCUUAUUUGAUUGUAUUCCUCAAUUGAUAACAUGAAUUUUAUGGGAUUGUUUUGUGCGGGAUGAUAUCUUCCGUUCAAAUUUGGCGCUUUUAAACUUUUCUAUUAUUGU